GAUCCCCAUCCUUUUAAAAUGGUGGUCAAACAAAAAUAGCUGGCCAACCUAAGUGUGAUCAAGAUGGGGAAAAACAAGCGUGGUCGCACCUCUAAAAAGUCGAAAGGCAGCAAAGAAAACGUCCAGUAUUCUGUUGAUGAUUUGAUGGAUAAAGUGGAAGAGUAUGUGGACUGUUUUGAGUACGAUCUAGCGUUGAAAUUUUGUGACAAGGCGCUGAAAAUGGACCCAUCGAACGCAAGAGUAAUAGAAACCUCGGCGUGUGUAUAUGCCGAGACUGGUAACACGGAUAAGGCAAAAACUUACUUUUCCAAGGCUGCUGAAGUAAAUCCUGAUAAUGGACAUGAAAAAUAUAUGUAUUUAGGACAAAUGUCAGCUGGGCUUGAAGCACAGCAAUGGUAUCUAAAAGGGAUCGAUGUUAUGAAAAACAUGCUUAAUAACAAAACCUCGUUAGAUGACCAGAAUCCAGCAGCGGAGGCUACAGCAAAUACAGCAAAGUUUAUGAAUAAAGGAUCUGUAUCAAAUACAGAUGUAUCUAGUGCAUAUUGUGCGUUAGCAGAGAUCUUUAUGACAGAUUGCUGUUUUGAGGAAAAUGCAGAGAACCAGUGUCUAGAAUAUUGCAAACAAGCAAUUGAUUGGGAUCCUAACAAUGUAGAUGCUUAUAUUGUGAAUGCUAACUUUUUGCUUAGCACGGAGAAGACAGAAGAGGCAAGAGAUUUGUUAGGAAAGUGUUUCUCUUUAUUAAAAUUGAAGGAACAAAAGAGUGAUUGUCUGGAGGAUCCAGACAAUGAGGAGAUAUCGGAGGAGAUGGAGGAAAUUGAUGACAAAGAGAAAGAGCAAGAUGAAAGUGAUGAAAGUGAUGAAAAAGAAAAAAAUAAGUGCUGUCCUUCUUAUGAAUCAAGAGUUACACUUGCUAAAUUGUUAACUGAGGUUAAAGAGUAUGAAAAAUCAAAUCUUUUACUUGCUGGGUUGACAGAAGAAGAUGAUGAAGACAUUUACACUUGGUAUAUGUUUGGGUUAAACUUUUUCUUUGGGGAACAAUUUAGUGAUGCAGUUGUUUACUUGCAAAAAGCAAGAGAAUUAUGUGAAAAGCUGCAAUGUGAUGAUGAGGAAUUGAUUAAUCAUUUGCAAGAAAUGCUUGGAAAAUGUGAAAAAAUAGAUAAUGGUUGCGAUGAAGGGAUGGAAAUUGAGAAUUAGAGAAGUCACUCAAGAGAA